GAAAAAUGUGAGCCAAGAACGGAGUGGUUAAAGUAACAACAGACCCAGAUGAGUUCCUGCUCUUCCAUGGCUUCCCUUCUCAGUCCACGUCCUACGGCAUCUCUCCUACACAAGGUGAAUCGCGUGAGUUCCAUUACGUCUACAAUCACACAACCCAAAGCUCAUCUGACUUUUGUGAAAAAUGAAAGAUUGCACCGGCUUAGUUUCAUGACAAAUGCUAAGAUGGCUGUUGAAGGGGAAGUGCUGGAGAAAGAGUCAGUCAGUGUCGAUGGCAAAGAUUAUGGAGUUGUUAGUGUCCACCAUGUUGGAAUUCUGUGUGAAAACCUUGAGAGGUCACUCGAGUUCUAUCAGAAUGUUCUGGGUCUUGAAAUAAAUGAGGCAAGGCCAGAUGAUAAGCUCCCUUAUAGAGGUGCUUGGUUGUGGGUGGGUUCUGAGAUGAUUCAUUUGAUGGAGCUUCCCAAUCCAGACCCCUUAACUGGACGGCCUCAACAUGGUGGCCGGGAUCGUCAUACUUGUAUUGCUAUUAGAGAUGUGUCUAAGCUAAAAACAAUCCUUGAUAAAGCUGGUAUUCCCUACACACUUAGCCGCUCUGGGAGGCCAGCAAUUUUUACACGAGAUCCGGACGCAAAUGCUCUAGAAUUUACUCAAGUGGAUGUCUGAAACAUUUGAACCAUCAAUGAAAAACGCAUUUGAAUGGAGCAUUAAUCUUUGGCAGGUAUUCUCUUGGUGGCCCAGGAAUACCCCCAUAUUAUCUUUAUGUAAUCUAUGAUACACAGCAACUACAUGUACAGGUAUUCAAAAAAUAAAUGUAUACCCCCCAACCAUGGUUUUCUAAGCCCUCGGUUCUACAAUUUGCUA